AUGGGUCUGCUAGCGCGUGCUGCACCCCUCAUUUUGGGCCUUUUUAUCGCCCUUGCGUACAAAGUGCACGAAGAACUGUCCGUCACGCCAAGUGUACCGAACAAUAUCGAGUUUUACGAAUACUGGGGCCCUAAGGGCGGUGAUCCUUACGGGGAUAGUCUCGAAAUAGUUCCAUUUAACAUUUCCUACCCGAGCGCUGUGAUUGAACGAUUGCGGGAAAAGCUUUACGAUGGACCAAGCCUAACUGCACCGCUAGAAGGAACGAACUUCCAGUACGGAUUUAACAGUGGCCGGCUAGAGAAAAUUGUGGAUUAUUGGCGCACGGACUAUCUGGAUCGCUGGAACGAGCGGGAGGCGUAUCUGAACAAGUUUAACCACUUUAAAACCAAAAUACAAGGCCUAGACAUUCACUUCAUUCGGGAUAAAUCAGAAAGUGUUGUAAAUCCGAAACGGAUCGUUCCACUGCUCAUGCUGCAUGGAUGGCCCGGGUCGGUUCGUGAAUUUUACGACAUAAUCCCGAGGCUAAGCAACCGAACGAGCGACAAGGAUUACGUGUUUGAUGUGAUUGUGCCCAGCCUGCCCGGGUAUGGAUGGUCACAGGGGACCACGAAGCCGGGUCUGAGUGCAUCAAAGGUGGCGGUGAUAAUGAAAAAUCUGAUGGCUCGAUUGGGUUACAAGCGGUUUUACAUCCAAGGAGGGGACUGGGGCGCCAUCAUAGGCAACCUUAUGGCCAUUUUAUUCGAAAAGGAUAUCUUAGGUAUCCAUCUAAACAUGUGCAUGGCAAGUGAAAGCCCCCUGACCAUCGGCAAGAUGAUUGUCUCCAGUUUCGCUCCGAGAUACUUCAUCGAGGAGCAGUAUGUCGAGUUCUAUCAGCCCGUUUGGCCAAAGAUUGUUCAGUUGGUUGUAGAGAGUGGUUACAUGCACCUUCAGGCUACCAAACCGGACACAAUCGGGACUGCUCUGGAAGCGAAUCCAGUUGGACUGGCGGCGUACAUACUGGAGAAGUUUUCCACUUGGACAGACCCAGCCAAUCGGGAUCUAGCCGAUGGUGGAUUGGAGACACACUACACUCUAGACGCGCUGCUAGACAAUGUCAUGAUCUACUAUCUGACCAACAGCAUCACUACUUCGCAGAGGCUGUAUGCGGAAUCGUUCAACAUGGAAGAGACUUCCAAGCGCUACGAAAGAAUUCCAACCAACGUUCCUGCGGCUUGCGCCAAAUUUCGGCACGAACUUAUGCAGUAUCCCGAUUGGAUCUUAAAAGAUCACUUUACGAACCUAAUGCAAACCAAUCAUUACGACGAUGGAGGCCACUUUGCAGCGAUGCAACUACCGGAUGUUUUAUACGCCGACAUUGUACAGUUCGUCAAUCGUUUGUAUGUCCGGUAG